UGGGACAAAUCCAAGUCUAGAUCUAGUUCGAGUGCUGCGCUAUCGCUGCUGCUGCGGAUGAGUUGAGCCUUGCCGCCCUUGAUACGGCUGGUCAGCUCAGGUUCAAUCAGCUCAAGUCUUUUUUUAUUUUUAUUUUUUUGGUGUAUGCUCACUUAAUUUUUUAUUCCUCACUUUCGUACUCAUUGCCUCACUUUUGACCCAUUAUACAAUUUCAUCUUGUCCUCGUUUUGCUGCAUUUCCCUAGCAUCUACCAUCUAAUACUUUGUUGAUCUUGUGCCUGUCUUUUCGUUGCUGCCCAGCCUCCACUGUCACCCACGAUAGUUCCGGGAUUGCCCAGUACACACACAGCUUACCGAACCUACCACGCUCGCGUCUUCGGGGCAAAACACUGCCUCAACGGGCGACCGCAGAUCCGACCAGUUCGCCUACGUUUCUCGUCGGGACCGAUUCCUUCAUAUCAGGAACCCUUGCGCUUGCUUGUACUGCCUAUGAUGCAACAUAGUCAACCAAUUCAAUCCUGAGCCGUUCUCUUCGUCUCUUUUCAACUGCUCCCUUGUUUAGUCGCCCGCCGGCGCUUCCUGCAAGGGGAAUACAUACCCCUACGACCGCGCUUGCAUCUGGAAGAAUCACCAUCAUAAUACACAUACACACGCACAUACAUUACCGCCGAUAAAAUGCUGUUAAGAAUACCAAGGAGUCUAUCAUCCAUAUCCGCCCAGGGCCUCCCCAGCGAUUUAGAUACCGCAUCAGCAAAAAUGCAUAUCAAAAGGGCGCAAGCAAACAGCAACGACGACCGCGGUAUCAAUAAUUCAACCGCAUAUAUCGUCGCUUCAAUAAUCUGUGGUAUUGUAUUGCUGGGCAUAUUAUGGAUCCUCAUCCGAAGUAUGCGCGCAAGAUACCCCGAGCCCAAAUACAUCCCGACUCCAUUCCUAAAAGGUUUAUGGACCCGAUGGACACCUUCGAAUUUAAACUACCAGCGGCCCGCUGCAGGAAGCGAUAACAGAUGGGGAGGUGCAUCGCGCAAUGGAUCGCCUGCAGCCGGCGGCAAUUCGAACGGUCCAGAUGCUAGAGAGCCGAUGCGAUCGUCCGCCGGAGCUACUGCAGCUGUCGACCGCCACGCCUCGGUGAGAUCGAUCAUGACACUACCGGCGUACCGAACCAAGGCCAACGACGGAGAGGAGGUACUGGGAGUGGCGGGCGAGCGUGACGGCAUCGACGUGGUGGUAGAGAUGCCUACAGCCGAGCAGGAGGAGGCCAUGCGCGACGAAGAGAUGGAUGCCCUCUUCCAGAUCCGCCAGGCGAGGCGACGACAAAUGGCGGAGCGCGAGGAGAGAUAUGCCCGCCGCGAACAGGCCCGCACUGCCAAUGACGUUGUGGCCAUGCGCGCCAUCCGCAACGAGGCACGGGAAGCCCGAGCCCAGAAUACGGAGGAGAUCGAGGCGCUGCGUGUAAUACAGGAGCAAACUAAAUUGGCCCGCCAGCGCGCCGUAAGCGCUGUUAGCUACGCUGGCAUUGGCGAGGUGCGUCACGACGGAACCAGGGCCCGCGCCAACAGUCAGGAGAGCGAACGAACGGGCCUGCUGAGCGACGCCGCUAGUAUCGCAUUAUCUUCCCGACCAUCCACGAGUCUCUCCGCUCGCACGCUCUCUUCACAGGGGCGGCAACGGAGCGGUUCCGAGCUCAGCAUCGAAACGGCUCGCAGCCGACCUGUAUCGCCUGGGUUCCCAACUGGAGGCUCCACGAUAUCGCGCGCAUCAUCUCGUUCGGUAACCCCCACCCCAACCCCACGCCGCUUGUCACAUGCCGGCUCAAGCCCGGAGCUCAUCGAUGCGGCCGAGGCGGAUCUGGGUGAGGGUGGUACUUUGCCACCGGACUAUGAGGAGAUAAACAUCUCAGACGGCGCCUCCGCUUCGGUGCAGAGCCUUCCCUCGGGUCGCAACACACCACUCCACGAGCCGCCGCCAGAAUAUACCGGCCCGACCCGCAAUCCGGACUACCACCGCAUGUCGCGACACGUAGCCGACCUCUUGGCAUCGAGUGGAACCGGCUCGACGCACAGCAGCCCAGACCUGGCAUCAAACGGGCGUGGAAGCGGGAGCCCCUAUAACAGCAACCGCAGCACGCCACAGCUGCCCAGCAUAAGUCUGCAACCCGUGCCUCAGAUCGUUAUCGAGCCCUCAACGGCAAGAUCCGACAAUUCGGACCGUCAGCAUUUCUGAUGAUCUGCCCAGUGGGAUAAAAAACGAUAUAUUCCUCAAAAGACUUCUGGACGAGGCACGAAAGAAUGUAUAGCUGGCUACCUAUCUUUUGUAUUAAAACCAAGAUUUGAGAAAAAAAGGGUCGACCGAUGUGUAAAAACAAAGUCAGGUGGUUUAGGGGCGGGAAUGGGAGGUGGCUGGAGUACUAUGACGAGUGA